AUGUCGCACGAAGUCCACGAAUCGAUCCAGCCUACAGACAUGUGCCAGACCAUGUGCACUGAACCAUCACCCAAGGCGGCAAUGCCUCCGAGUCCCUGUCUGCCACACCGCGGCUUGGAAAACCUACACAACGACGUCUUCAAUGCCAUUCUCGAGACACUGCUAAGCGACCCUGGCAGGAAUGCGAUCAAGAACCUUUCCUGCGUAUCCCGUGGCCUCCGCAACUCCUGCGUGCCAGUGUUGUUCCGUGACUGCCUUAUCAGAACCCACACCACCCACAACCUAGAUCUACCCCCAGUUUAUGCCCGCCCUUUCAUCCGACAUGUGAUCUUCAUCCAGAGAUAUUGGCUGCCAGGCUGGCACGACAAUUUCGGCUUCGAAUUACAGCACCUACCCAACAUACACACCGUCACUUUUCGUACAGUUGACUACGGCGUCCCCUGGUACAUCAUCGCAACUUGUCUGGGAAUGCCACAUAUCACAUCCAUCCGAUUCCAAUGCAACGCCAUGUGGACCAAUAUCCAGCCGUUUUCCCAAGCAGAAGUCGCGCAGGCUUCGAACAGACUCACUGCCUUGGCAUAUAUUCCCUACACCUGGAGAGAAUCCGCGAGUGCGCUCGAGAAGUCCGACCUUGCCGCAGAGUACAUGCUCGAGGCGGCGUGUUUAUCAGCACUUGUCUUCGGCAUGACAGCUACUGCGGAGUCGCUCACCCUCCCCUUCGAGACGGCUCCUCUUGCGCGGAUGUCGGAGUUCCAUUGGCCGCGUCUUCAAGCGCUGUCUUUGUACGGGCGGGCUGUGGACGGUACGCCCACGAUCACCCUGUCAUCCCUUGUGGGUGGCAUGCCCUCCCUCCGUCGCUUGUCCUUCCAAGUGGCCGCGUCAACGAGUGCAGACCACACAGGCGAACAAAUCAGCUCAUCCUCUUUUAACACGGUGCUCCACCUCAGAUCCCUGACUAUCGCUUAUCCUGAUCCCGACGACGCCAUCUUCUCCAUAAUAGGCGCAAUCCUCACGCAUCUAUCACGCAUCUGUCCCUCCGCGAUUGGCCCCGAUACUACUACCGCCUCUACUGCCCGGGAUCUGGAGCUCGUAUACCAAGCCGACAACUCGGAGGAAGAUCUCCUUCAUUAUCUCAUUUCGGAAACGCCGUACUUGGCACACUUGGAGAUCCAUCGCUAUCGACAAGACAGGAAUAGCUGUGUUCCAUACGGGCGUAUCGCAAGCAUUCUAACUGGCUUACGUUCUCUCCGAACGUUCCAUCUCAACCUCAAUUUUGAAGAGACAUGCAAGCUGUAUUGCCUCGAAUCCCACCGCCGCGAAAGCUGGCGCCAGAAGCUCGAGGCAAUCGGCUUCGAAAUCCUGCACAUCAUGCAGACCGGUCCCGAGCUGGCGUUCAUCGCGCUCUUGCACCAUCGGCAGGUCGACAGCCAGUGGGUCGAAUUUUAUCCUAGCUGGCAUGCCAAGGGAUUACAUGUGGAUUGGGACUACGCGGGUUUGCGUGGGGAUUCGGAGUCGCUGCCAUAUGUGCCCUUCAUCUGUCGGUAA